UAUAAUGUACAUCUUUUAUAUUAAUACCUAAUAGAUAGUGAUACAAUACCGCACAUUAAAGUAACAUUUAUUUAAAAAUCUUAAAAUGGAGCCUAUUAUUAUUGUUCACGGUGGUGCUGGAGACAUUCCAGAAAGUCGUGUUCAAGGGAAAUUAAAUGGAGUUAAAGCAUCUGCAGCUGCUGGCCAAAAAAUUUUAGCACAAGGCGGUUCUGCCUUAGAUGCAGUAGAAGCAGCAGUUGUACUCAUGGAAAAAGAUGAAUAUUUUAAUGCUGGCUAUGGAUCUGUUUUAAAUUUGAGAGGUGAAGUAGAGAUGGAAGCUAGUAUUAUGUGUGGGAAUAAUCUUGAUGUUGGGGCAGUUACUCUUAUUAAAGAUUUUCUUCAUCCAAUAAGUAUUGCCCACAAAGUUCUUACAACUUCCCCUCAUUCAUUACUGGGUGGUGAAGGUGCUAAAAUAUUUGCUUUGGAAAUGGGAUUCCCAAUGGUUCCUCCUGAAUCCUUAAUAAGUGAAAAUGCGAAAAAUGCUUUAUGUGAAUUUUUAAAGCAUGGUGAAUUUGGUAGAACUGAAAUAGGACUAAAAGAUGAGGGUGGUGUUGGUACAGUGGGUGCUGUUGCAAUAGAUUGUAAUGGCCAUGUAGCUGUAGCUACUAGUACUGGUGGCAUGAGUGGAAAAGCUGUUGGUCGUAUCGGUGAUACCCCACAAAUUGGUAGUGGUACUUAUGCUGAUGAUAAUAUUGGAGGAGUGUCUACAACAGGCCAUGGGGAAUCUAUUCUUAAAUAUUGUUUAGCACAUAGCAUAAUCAAGCUAAUGCAAAGUGGUUAUGAUGCAAAUACAGCAACUAAGUUAGCCAUCAAUGGAAUGACUGAACGUCUAAAAAAUACAGCAGGUGCGAUAACUCUAUCAAAGACUGGUGAUGUUGGCAUUAACUUUAGCUCAAAAAGAAUGGCUUGGGCUUAUAUUAAAUCAAACAAAAUAUUUUUUGGAAUAGAAAAAGAUGAAAUUCUUGAAGAGGAUUAUGUGACUGCAUGAGAGUUUUUUUUUCACUAUAAUAUAAAUAUAUAUUUCUAUCUUAUGCACAUUGGAAACAUUGACUGACACUCUUUUUGUUUUGAUAAAAUUAUGACUAAUAAAUGUAUAGUGAUAUUUUUCUAGGAUAUUUUUGACUGGUUAUAUUAUUAAUA